AUGGAGGCCCAAAAAGCUAAAUUAGAAUUAGAAGCUAGGUUAGCUAUAAAGGUGGAACAAGAGAGGGCUUCAAUCAAUCUUCAGAUUAGGCAAACUGAACAAGAGUUAUCUCCCUUUGACCUGACUAAAAAUAUAAAGUUAGUUCCCUUAUUCACAGAGUAUGAUCCCGAGGAUUAUUUUCGGGUAUUUGAGGAAACUGCUAAUCACCUUAAUUGGCCUGUUGAACAGUGGGUAUGGCUCCUUAAACCUAAAUUGUCAGGUAAAGCUGCUAAAGUUGUUAGGCAUCUGGAUGAUACUAAUGAUUAUAAACAGGUUAAGAAAGCAAUCUUAGAUGCAUUUUCCAUAACAGAGGAAGGAUAUAGACAAGCUUUUCGUAACUUAUGUAAAUCAAAUAGCCAAACUUUCUUAGAAUUCGCUUCUGACAAGCUUAGAGCUUUCAAGAAAUGGCUUAAGUGUGCUGAAGUAACUUCUUUUGAAGAACUGAUAAAUUUAAUGGUUCUUGAAGAAUUUAAAAGGAAACUUCCCAUUAAUGUAAUGCUCUAUAUUGAAGAUAGGCAGGAGAAAGAUUUACUAAAGGCUGCUUCCUUGGCUGACACUUAUUCCUUAAUACAUAAGAGUCUUCCUAAUAAAAAAGCUGAGGUAUUUGUAAAACCAGUUUCAGGAAAAUCCCAGCAGAUUUCGGAUAAUCCCAAAGGUUCUGAUAAUCCUAAAUGUAGUUAUUGUAAGAAAGAAGGACAUACUAUUCGUAAUUGUAAAGACCCUAAAUGUAAAGUAUCUGAUAACUACCGUAAUGUUUUUAUGAAACCCCACGUAAAAUUUUCAACCUCCCAGAUUAAACCUGUUUCGCAUGUGCAAGCUAAUGUACCCGAUGUAUUUGAUGAUUUUAAGUCUGAAGGUAUAAUAACCUUGGGGGAGAAAGAACAGAAGUCUAGGGUCACUAUAUUAAGAGACACUGGAGCUGCUUUAACUUUGUUGCAUAGUAAGGCUUUACCUAAUGUUGAGAAUAAUUUAACAGGUGAGAAGGUGGUUGUAAGGGAUCUUACUGGAAUCUCAUCCAUUCCCCUUGCCAGUGUUUACCUUGAUUGCCCACUUGUAAAAGGGAAAGUUGAAUUAGGGGUGAUUGAUACAGAAUUGCCGGUAAAAGGAGUUUCCUUGCUAUUGGGUAAUGAUUUAGCGGGAAAUUAA